AUGUCUGAAGGGGAGAUUGAUGAAAAACAGCAAAAGGAAGACUAUACUGUAGUCACUGAAGUCAACGGGCACCAGCCCCUGGGCUUCCCGGCGGCGGUGCUGAAGGAGGGCUUGCCCCAGCUGUGCCCGCCCUACCUCGGCUACGUUCGGCCAGAUACAGAAACCAGCCAAAGUUCUCAAUACGGUUUUGAAUCGCUACCCCAGAAGAUUUGUCUCAUCUGCGGUGAUGAGGCUUCUGGUUGCCACUAUGGAGUACUUACCUGUGGAAGUUGUAAAGUCUUCUUUAAAAGGGCAAUGGAAGGGCAGCACAACUAUUUAUGUGCUGGAAGAAAUGACUGCAUAGUCGAUAAAAUUCGUAGGAAGAACUGUCCAGCAUGUCGCUUGAGGAAGUGCUGUCAAGCCGGUAUGGUCCUGGGAGGUCGAAAAUUUAAAAAGUUUAACAAAAUUAAGGUUGUGAGAACAUUAGAUGUCGCACUCCAGCAGCCAGCAGCCCUUCAAGAUGAAAGCCAAUCUCUAACCCAAAGGCUGUCCUUUUCUCCAAAUCAAGAAAUACAGUUUGUUCCCCCAAUGAUAAGUGUUCUACGAGGCAUUGAGCCAGAAGUUGUCUAUGCUGGUUAUGACAAUACAAAACCCGAAACACCAAGUUCCUUGCUGACCAGUCUAAAUCAUCUUUGUGAGAGGCAACUUCUUUGUGUAGUCAAGUGGUCUAAAUUGCUACCAGGAUUUCGGAAUUUACAUAUUGAUGAUCAGAUAACCCUCAUCCAGUAUUCCUGGAUGAGUCUAAUGGUUUUUGCAAUGGGAUGGAGAUCAUACAAACACGUCAGUGGUCAGAUGUUAUAUUUUGCACCAGAUCUGAUUCUAAAUGAACAGAGGAUGAAAGAAUCAUCGUUCUAUUCCCUGUGUCUAUCCAUGUGGCAACUCCCACAGGAAUUUGUCAGACUUCAAGUUAGCCAAGAAGAGUUCCUAUGUAUGAAAGCACUGUUACUUCUCAACACAAUUCCUUUGGAAGGUCUAAGAAGUCAAAGCCAAUUUGAUGAGAUGAGAACGAGUUACAUUAGAGAACUGGUGAAGGCAAUUGGUUUGCGCCAGAAAGGUGUUGUGGCCAACUCGCAACGUUUCUAUCAACUUACAAAACUGAUGGAUUCCAUGCAUGAUCUAGUGAAACAGCUCCAUCUCUUCUGUCUGAACACAUUUCUCCAGUCCCGUGCACUGAGUGUUGAAUUCCCCGAGAUGAUGUCAGAGGUGAUUGCUGCCCAGCUACCCAAGAUUCUGGCAGGGAUGGUGAAACCUCUUCUCUUUCACAAAAAGUGAAAUGUCUUUUCUCUUAUCAUAGAGAUGAUUUCUGGGUCAUUUUGUUUGUUUAUUUUUGUCAAGAUUUUGCAAUGUCAGGACUUCAGUGUAUUUGUCAUACUUACCCUGCCUACUGCUUUAUACUUGUAACAUACACAAGCCAUUUAAGCUUGAUGUACAUAUUGUGAGUUCCUGAUUCCUUAACUGCAAAAAUCACAACAGUCAUAAGAAAUGUUUUGUAAACUUGGCUAGGUUGCUUUUUAGAUAUGCAUAAGAAUGACAAUGAAUAGAGUUUUCAGAUUUCUAAGAACAGUUAUCUUAUACAUUUUUCUUACAUAUUACACUCUCUCAAAUUUCUGAUAUGACAUGGUGUAAACUUUUUACUUUAGUACAUUGUGUGCAUGGGUACAUGUGGGCAUUCCUUUAAUUUGGAGGAAUUAAAAUAAAUAUUGCCCACAUUUUCUCACGGAUAUUUCACUUUUUAUUAACUACUUUGCCUCACAGAAAUACCCUUUCAAAGUCAGCUGUCCAGGAUUAAGUAGACAUCACUGCAAUACCUUCAUGAGUAACUAAGUGCUAGCCACAAAAUAUACAUUCAUACUCUUGGCUGUGCCCAUAUUGCAUUGAAACUCUGAGUUCAGUGUACUGAACUGUGCUGCACCAUUCAGUGCAGCUCUCCUUCAAAAAUCAGAAAGCUUGGGAAAAUUUCAGUGUAUAUUACACCAGAAAUAAUGUGUAUGCAAACCCACUCAGCUUUGGCUUGUGUUAUUUUCCUUAAAAGUUCAGCACUUACUAAAGCUAAAUCGCUUAGCUAUAAUCUUAAAUUCAUCAACUUUUUAAAAUUCUGUAUUUCAGAAGCUUUAAAUAGAGAUGUUUUCACUGACUACAACUCAUAAUAAUCUUAAUGAUUUGAAUUCCAAUGCUGAAUACUCAAACAGCCAUUAACAUCAAAUUAUAGUGAGAUUGAAUGCAAAAAGAAAUGGAAAAUAUGACUACAAACAUUUUGAUACGCAUCAGACUCAUUUCAGUACUAUUUAGUGGAGCUACAUAUUUUAUAUUUUAAAGGCAUGCCAUUAUAAUUGGGGUAACUGUAAAAGAGGAAUUGGACUAAAGUAGCUUUAUACAUUCAAGAAGAAUGUCAUGUUUUACCAUGGAAAUGAAAUAUUUGACUGAAAAAUUAUAAUGUGGUGGUAGUUGUUCCUUUGAUGUGGAUAUGGAGCAACUCAUGCAUUUAAGGCAGGAAAUUGUUGAUCUAUUGAAACAACAGAGAACCGGAUAAAGCCCAAGAAGACAAUGAGUCUAUUAAAAUACGACAAAUUUUGCCAGUCAAUAAAAAUGAUACUCAAAUUCUCUAACAGUGUAGGAAAUGGUGAAUCUUACUUGGGUACUUGCUGGCCAUAGGCUUUUGCUCUUCUCCAUUACACGUUGGAUGCAUCCAUCGUGUGAUAGCAUACUGUUGAUGGUGUGUAACUUGGUCUGUAUCCUUGUCACGUGAACAAAGGCUCACUGGACAUAAGUUCAGUAUCCCUGAUUAAGUCAGGGUGCCCCUCAUUAAAAGUAUAAAUGAUGUUACUUGUUCAUAAAAACUAUGUCCUGAUUCUUGAAAAAAAUGUAGACAACUAACAACUAAAGGCAAAUCUAAAGGUUUCCUUACUAUUUACAAUUCCUAAAGCCACUCAAGAAGAAGCUACAUUACGACUGGGGAUAAAAAUGUUUUUGAGUUCCACAUAUGAGUACAAAACCCACUAGAGUUGGUGCAAAGAUGCGGCCCUGGAUAAAAUGGCAUAAGCAGACUUUUUUGUUAGUUGACUAGGUUCAUCAUUUCUAACUGCCCAGAGAGAAGCAAUUUCUUUCAUAUUCAGUACAGUCUGACUUUAACUGUGAUCCUUAAAACAGUUAUGUUUUAAUAAAUAACACAAAAUUCUUUAUUUCUAUAUAUUGAAGUUUUGUUUUCUUUAUUCUUCUUUGUAUUUGCAUUCAGUAAUUGUG